AUUAGGAUCAUCUCGACUCGAGCCAGGUUGCCGAAAACAGACUAGAGUAUCAGUAUUAGUUAUACGGGAGCACUCCGAGUCACUGUGACUCAGUGUGUGCCAUGACAUGAAACUCACGUGCUCCCUUUCACUUUCUCUCUAAAUCUUCAAGUAAAAGUCUAACGCAAACCUGAGCCUCGAAGCUCUCGUUUCCGAUCCAAUUCUUCGUUCCUCAAUGGAGGACGCGUUUGCCAGAUCUAUUCCCGAGGUCCUCGAUUUCUUCGGAGUGAACCCGACUAAGGGUUUAUCUGAUGCUGAGGUAGUACAACAUGCUAGACUUUAUGGGAAUAACGUGCUGCCUGAAGAUCAAAGAGCUCCUUUUUGGAAAUUGGUUUUGAAGCAAUUUGAUGAUUUGCUUGUAAAGAUACUAAUUGCAGCAGCUCUUAUAUCUUUUAUUCUGGCUUUAGUUAAUGGAGAAACAGGCUUGAUGGCAUUUCUGGAGCCUUCCGUUAUUCUGAUGAUAUUGGCAGCAAAUGCAGCAGUUGGAGUGAUUACAGAAUCAAACGCUGAAAAAGCUCUAGAGGAGCUGCGUGCCUAUCAAGCUGAUGUGGCAACUGUCUUGCGCAAUGGUUGUUUUUCCAUACUUCCUGCAACCGAACUUGUUCCUGGGGAUAUUGUGGAGGUUUCUGUGGGCUGCAAAAUUCCUGCUGAUAUGAGGAUGAUUGAGAUGCUAAGUAAUCAAGUGCGUGUUGAUCAAGCUAUUCUUACAGGUGAGAGCAGCUCCGUGGAGAAAGAGCUGAAAAUAACCACAACUUCAAAUGCUGUAUACCAAGACAAAACAAAUAUUCUGUUCUCGGGUACGGUUGUAGUUGCUGGUAGGGCGAGAGCUGUUGUGGUGGGAGUUGGUCCUAAUACGGCCAUGGGCAGCAUACGAGAUUCAAUGUUGCGAACAGAGGAUGAGGCAACACCAUUGAAAAAGAAGCUGGACGAGUUUGGGACCUUUUUGGCCAAGGUUAUAGCAGGGAUUUGUGUUUUGGUGUGGAUUGUAAAUAUUGGUCACUUCCGUGACCCUUCUCACGGUGGUUUCUUGAGUGGUGCAAUUCAUUAUUUUAAGAUUGCAGUUGCUCUGGCAGUUGCAGCAAUUCCAGAAGGGCUGCCUGCAGUUGUGACAACGUGUUUGGCUCUUGGGACAAAGCGUAUGGCUAGGUUGAAUGCCAUUGUUCGCUCCUUGCCAUCGGUCGAGACAUUGGGUUGCACAACUGUUAUUUGCAGUGACAAAACUGGGACGCUAACUACUAACAUAAUGUCAGUUGCGAAGGUUCAGGAUGAUACAAAAUUGUUAUUCACGUUGCUUUCCAAUGUAUGUGUUGUUGAAUCUGCAAAUCGUGGCCCUGUUGUUUCUGAAUACAGUGUCAGUGGAACAACAUAUGCACCUGAAGGAAUAAUAUUUGACAGUACAGGGAUGCAGCUUGACUUUCCUGCUGAAUUGCCUUGUCUUCUUCACAUGGCAAUGUGUUCUGCUCUUUGCAAUGAAUCAACCCUGCAGUAUAAUCCUGAUAAAGGGAAUUAUGAAAAAAUUGGUGAGUCAACUGAAGUGGCACUACGUGUCUUGGCAGAAAAGGUUGGUCUCCCUGGUUUCAAUUCCAUGCCAUCAGCCUUGAAUAUGUUGACUAAGCAUGAACGUGCUUCUUACUGUAACCAUUAUUGGGAGGAACAAUUUAGAAAGAUACAUGUUUUGGAGUUUUCUCGAGAUCGGAAAAUGAUGAGUGUGCUUUGCAGCCGGAACCAGAUGCAUAUUUUGUUCUCAAAAGGUGCCCCAGAAAGUAUAAUAUCUAGAUGUUCAACCAUUCUGUGCAACAGUGAUGGUUCUAUUGUGCCACUUACUGCUGAUAUUCGAGCAGAGCUCGACUCAAGAUUCAACAGUUUUGCAGGAAAAGAAACAUUAAGAUGCCUUGCUUUGGCCCUGAAAUGGAUGCCCUCAAUUCAACAGUCAUUGUCCUUUGAUGAUGAGAAGGAUCUUACAUUUAUUGGGUUGGUUGGGAUGCUGGAUCCUCCACGAGAUGAAGUAAGAAAUGCAAUGCUUUCGUGUAUGACUGCUGGCAUCCGUGUUAUUGUCGUCACUGGGGAUAACAAGUCCACUGCUGAGUCACUUUGCCGCAAGAUAGGUGCUUUUGACCAAUUGAUAGAUUUUUCUGAACAUUCUUACACUGCUUCUGAGUUUGAAGAACUUCCACCACUGCAGCAAACUAUAGCAUUGCAACGUAUGGCACUUUUUACUAGGGUUGAGCCUUCUCAUAAAAGGAUCCUGGUAGAAGCAUUGCAGCACCAGAAUGAAGUGGUUGCAAUGACGGGUGAUGGAGUUAAUGAUGCACCAGCACUAAAGAAGGCGGAUAUAGGAAUUGCUAUGGGUUCAGGAACAGCUGUUGCCAAGAGUGCUUCAGACAUGGUGCUCGCUGAUGACAACUUUGCCUCUAUUGUUGCGGCUGUGGCAGAGGGAAGGGCUAUAUACAAUAAUACAAAACAGUUUAUUCGAUACAUGAUUUCUUCCAAUAUUGGCGAAGUAGUUUGUAUAUUUGUGGCUGCAGUGCUUGGAAUACCGGAUACCCUUGCCCCUGUCCAAUUGCUUUGGGUCAAUUUGGUUACUGACGGAUUACCUGCCACUGCUAUUGGCUUCAAUAAACAAGACUCUGAUGUGAUGAGGGCUAAGCCUCGAAAGGUGAAUGAAGCCGUUGUUUCUGGUUGGCUCUUCUUUCGCUAUUUGGUAAUAGGAGCUUAUGUUGGCCUUGCUACUGUUGCUGGUUUUAUUUGGUGGUUUGUUUAUUCUGAUGGUGGCCCUAAACUUCCAUACACAGAAUUGAUGAAUUUUGAUACCUGCCCAACCAGGGAGACAACUUAUCCAUGCAGUAUAUUUGAUGAUCGACAUCCGUCUACUGUAUCAAUGACUGUGCUUGUCGUUGUUGAGAUGUUCAAUGCUUUGAACAAUCUCAGUGAAAAUCAAUCUCUUCUGGUUAUCCCUCCAUGGAGUAACAUGUGGCUUGUUGCUUCUAUAAUCAUAACUAUGCUUCUUCACAUACUAAUCUUAUAUGUUCACCCACUAUCGAUUCUUUUCUCUGUAACACCCUUAUCUUGGGCUGACUGGACAGUUGUCCUCUAUCUUUCGUUACCUGUUAUAGUCAUUGAUGAGGUGUUGAAGUUCUUCUCCAGAAAUCCCGUCGGUUUUAGAUUCAGAUUAUGGUUCAGGAGGUCUGAUUUACUUCCAAAAAAAGAUUUACAUGAAAAGUAAGAUGUGGAGUAACAUUUACCACUUUUGGAAUCAUAGAGCUUCAAUGGUAUCCUUGAUUGAAUCUAAAUCAUCAAUCUCCAUUUGCGUGGCAAUCCAGGAGUUAAACAAGGUACUAAAGAUAUUGUAUAAUACUUGUGUUAUCUGUAAUAUUUAUGUCCGUAAAAUUUCAGUGAUGUAAAACAGCAAAUGUAGGAGCCUGUAGAGUUGGUUAUCUUCAAUUAUUCAUUUUUCUUCACAUUCUGUAUUUAAUCAAUUUUGGUAGCAUAAAUACCUAAAAGGCACUCAUUAUCCCUUCUGACAAAGAUGUACAUUGUCAGUUGUGUAUCGUUAAAAGAAC